GAUAACGAUCACACCCUUGCUUUCCGCUGGGAGCCCUCUGGUACCCAUCUGAAGAGGCUGCCAGGGUUGCCAGGACCAUCCAGGAGGAACAGUGUACAGGUGUAGUCCGGGUGCUGAAGCCACGACAAGUGAAGGAGAAGAAAAGGCUUGUGUGGUAGCCAGAGAGGGUGACCCAGAUGAUAGCUGACUGGUGGACAGUGAGAGUGCCAUCCAGUUCGGCAAAUACCGUGGUCAAACCUUCAGGUGGCUGCUAAGCCACGAUGUAGGCUAUGCCUUCAUGGUCUUGGCUUCUCACCAGCAAGAGAGGGAGAUGGGGGACACAGACAUGUCUCCUGAAAUGGCCAACAAGGACCGGUUUCACUGGUAUACCAACCUGUUUCCUGAGGUCCAGAGGGCAGUGGAGGAACGCAGGGUACGGGAUUGGACCUUGCCCCCCCGACCUGACCAGGAGGACUCGCGCCUUGUUGGCUUUGGGAACCACAAGUUCCUUACCUACAAAAAGCUUUAUGAGGCCAAAGACAAGGAGAGGAAGAGCAGUUCCUACUGCUCCCACUCCCACCGCCCCCCCUGCUGUGCUAGCUCCUACUGCCCCUCAGCCACAGUCAACCUCCCAGCCAACAGCUGGACCAGUUCAGCCUGCUGCUGACGCUCAGCAGGUCUGAGGAAUGGAAGCAGAUCCUCCCAAAGGAGCAGCAAGAGUGGGUCAGUCGGGCCAAUUUCACAAAGGACAAGCAGCUCAAAUGUGUCCUGAAAAGCCAGCUCGAGCUGUGGUACUCCCCUCCUCUGCCUCCUAACAUCAUCCAUCAGCCUCCAGCUUCUCCCACCGCCUACUUCCUCCGGCCGUUCUGCCUCUGGAUGCCCUACCGCCUUUGGGCCUUUAAGUUUGUUUGCACCCAGCCACAGUGCAAGCGUUAAAAGCUCAGGCUGUGGGGUGUACAAGACGGUCUGGAGGGAGCUUGACGUGGAUGACUGGUAUUAUAUGGGGACAGAAUACCUGGAGUGCCGCAUCUGUAAGAGGAAGCUAGCAGGAUGGUCGCUGGAUGUCUUGAACCAGCUGGACGCAAGUCAUCGCUCUAAGUUCCCAGCCAUCUUGACUUACAGGCUGUCCUGUGACCUGAAGGUGGUCAGGCUGAUGAGAGAGAGGACACUGGGGAACAGUGUGACCAGGCUGUACAACCAGCUGAGGGAGCAGCACAGCCUGACCUGGAUGAGUCGGACCCUGGACUACCUGUCCGUCUGUGACCACUUUGUAGUCCCAGGUGCAGCACCACUGAGGGUAACACCUCCUCCUCCCUUUUUGGAUGUGCCCUCAGCCCAGUGGCUGCUGACUGUCCACGGCUACGACGUUCUGUUCCAGCUGGAGGACUUCAAGGCCAGAGUCACCUCCAUCUUUGGGUCCAUCCUGAAGAUGGAUUCAACCAAGAAGGUUACCAAGAAACUAGCUGGGGCAGCACAAGGGACAGCAGCGUGGGCCACAAACAUGGGCAAUGAGUACGGCCAGGUACUCAUUACGGUCCACACUAACAGCGAAGGAGAGGACCAGCUCAACAUGGCAGCUGGCCUCCAGCAGCACUACAGUAGAGCUGGAGUGGCACCUCCUAAGCUUCUCUAUGUCGACCGGGACUGCUGCGCCCUGAUGGGAAAGGGGAAGACGGCAGCCAUGUUCAGCCAGUGGGAUGAGCUCAUCGUCCGGCUGGAUGUGUGGCACCUCAUCUGUUGUUUUGCUCGGGGAGUGACCACAGAGAGCCAUCCUCUGUAUGCUCUCUUUUUGCAGCGGCUCUCCUCCUGCAUGUUGGUGUGGUGUGCAGAUGAUGUGGAGCGCCUGCGGGAGGCCAAGCGAGGGGAACUCAAGGAGAGCCACAUCACUGGGCGCAGCGAUGCACUGGUGAUGAAAAGAAUCAGCUCGAAGGAGAUGGCUCGGCACUGUCGUCGCCGCACGAGCGGGGCGGAGGAGACCGAGCGUCUCAUCGGGGAGCAGACACCAUGGGCAUCCGGCUCCUGGACCGUGACAGAAUGCAGGCCAUCUGGCAGACCCAGAGACAACACCUGGUCUGCAUUCAGGACCCCCCUGGUGUCAGCAUCUACACCAACAAGGAUGUGACCAAGGGAGGGGUCAUCCUGCCUGUGUUGCGCUGCUCAUGAACAAGUACGUGUGCCGAGCACUUUCAGGCCUACCUCCUUGAAGGGUUGGUUGGGUGGAAUGAGGACCGUGCCGAAGCUGCAGGGGAGGGAGGCAGAAGCAGACCCUGCACCGCUAUGAUGGUGUAGCCCAGUACCAUCA